AUGGGACGAGGCGCAACUUCUCAGAAUGGGCUCAUUGAGUGCAGCACGGAUAAGAUCUUGGAGAAGCUUACGGCUGCCGUGAAUACUCAGAAUAAGACCUCUGAGUGCAAACUGGAUUACAUCUUGAAGAAGCUCACUGCAGUCUCAGCUAAAACCAACGCAGCCCGUCUGUGGCGAGGAUGCUUGUGGUGCACACCUGCUCCGCGCAGGGAGGCGGGCACAGUCAGAAGAACUGUGGACGAUAUGAAGGUCUUCUUUCAGUCCUGCAAAGGCUUCGAUCCGCACCAGACUACGGAUUUUUACAACAGCUGGGCUGAGACGUACGAACAGGAUUCGGAGACAAUGAAGUACAGAGCACCACAGCUGGCUGUAGAUUUUCUGAACGAUCACUUCUGUGGAAAUCGUGGAGACGCUCAGGUUCUCGAUGUGGCCUGCGGAUCUGGACUGGCUGCAAAACUGAUGUUUGACCUCGGCUUCAAACACUUUGUGGGAGUGGAUGGUAGUAAGGGCAUGCUGGAACAAGCUGCUAAGAGUGGCCUUUAUCGGGAACUCAAACUAGCCUUACUGGGAACAGACCCACUGCCUGCACAGACUGGUGAGUUUGAUGUGGUGAUCAUUGUUGGUGCUUUACGUGAUGGUUUCGUGCCGGUCAGCAUUAUCCGGGAGCUUUACAAAACUACUAAACCAGGGGGCUACGUCUGCAUGUCCAGAGUGGACCCAAAGUCCGAGUCUGGAAACAAAUACAAAACAUCUAUGGAGCGUGAACUGCAGCUGAUGGUGGAGGAGGGCCUGUGGAGCCCUGUGGAUACCAAAGAGAUGCACAGAUACAUGAUAGAUGUUUAUAAUGAUAAAAGCAAGGAUGAGAAAAAGGAGGAUUUUCUCCAUGGAACCAUGUACCUGUACAGGAAGUCUCUUAAUAAGCUGUAA